AUGGUUAUACGACCUCCGAUCGAAAGUUGGACUCGUCCCGAGUUAGAAGACAGAUUCCAUACUAUGUCUGAUAACCAUCGAGAAUUGCAGAAAACUAAUAAAGAGUUGGAAAAGAAAAUUACUCAAUUGACUAGUAGAUUUAGAAAAUCUAUUCUCGAGAGGAAAACUAGAAAUGAUCAAGUUGUUGACAAAGAUAAGUAUGACGAGCUUGUACGCGACAAUGAAUUGUUACUUAUGAAAUUGAAAACUACGAAACAUCAACUACUAACCUAUACUGCUCCGAACGCUCGUUCCACUACUUAUUCGGCUUUAACUGGACGUUCGAAUGUACCCGUAACAGGAAUCCGUAAAUACACACCUAACGCCCCAUCUGGAAGAAGUACAAGAGGAUAUGGCACAGAUGACCAUAUUGUCACGAAAUUAACGGACAGACCAAUUAGUAGUCGGAUCAGUGAUAGUAACCUUAAUGAGAAAGCUAAUGUGAUAAAACUAAAUCGACUAUUGCGUGAGAAGAAUACUGAAGUUGCUGAGCUUCAGUAUGAAAUCGAACGGCUCAACACGCUGUUAAAAACCACGAAGUCGGAGAUUGAAAUCUACAAAACACGGCCUUAUGAUACCUCGGAAUUUCCAGCAACGGGUGUGUCUACUAACGUAGACAACCAGUUGAGGAAUGAGCACGAAUCGCUAGCGAGAAAAGAGUUGGAGCUAGUCAAGAAAGAGUUAGAUGUGUUGAAAGAAACUAACGAAACAUUGGUCAAACAAUUACUGAAUCAUGAAUUCUCAGGAGGGGCAACCGAUAUAGUUGAACUCCGAAAGGAUGUUGUAGUUUUGGAAGAAAAGUUACGUGAAGCAGAAAAGCGUGAACGUGAAAUUGGUAAAAAAAGACGACAAGAAAGAAGACAGUUCGAUGAGUGGAAACAAAGAUAUCGAAGCCAGAUGAAGAACACGGAAAAUCGUGAAGCCCAGAAUCAUGUUGUGCCUCAAUAUCAACAAGAAAUUGAUGAAAUCACACCUCGAAGUGAUCUCUCUUACACGGAUCACCGUAGAAAGAAGAAGCAGAAGAUGGUCCAAGAUAAGUCGGAUGAUGUUCUUUUACGUUUGUACAACGACGUUGUCGGACUUCUUGAAACGCACAGUGGUGCAGUUACCUCGAAUGAUUUGCUUUCUGACGGAGUUCUGGAUCCCCAAAGUAUUGAAAAAUGGCAGAAAAUGUACAGCGAAUUAUACGACGAGCUUGAAAAAGUUCGUAACAUGCUUCUACUUCAACAUAAUAUCAAUCAAAAGCAGAACGUCGAGAUAUCUGUUCUCAAAGAAGAAUAUGAAAAGUUACAAUUGACCGCUGAGGAGAAAUUGAACGUGAUUACCGAAGAUUUGAAAAAGAAGCAUCAAGAAGUUAUUAUUCUCGAAGAAAAAAUCCGUCAAAUAGCUUAUGCUGGACAGAAACCAAUCACUAUUGGAGGUGUAACAUUGAAUGAUGGAGACUCGUUGCACUCAGAAUUGUCAGUUAGAUUGUUGUCCCUAAGGUUCCAUAAGAGCUAUGUGAACAGUUUGGUUUCAACCGGCAGCUCUCCUUCUGCUAUCUUUCUUUCAUUGGAAUUCUUCGACUUUGAACUACAAACUACGCCUCAUCUACAGUUCAUUGAGAAACAACCUAUGGACCAUACGACUGUGUACAACCUUGUUUGCUCAAAUCUUUUCAUUCAUUAUCUUCAAACUAAUGGCAUUACGAUUGAGAUGUACCGUCCUCAAUCUAACAGCUAUACCCAAAUGGCUGCUGCAGUCAUAAGUUUGAAUACUCUGCUUCAGAAGAAAAAUCAUCAAAAAUAUGAGAGCUCUGUUCACUUUAUGGAUAUCAAAACAGGCCAGAGUAUAGCAGUGAUCACUUAUGAAAUAACUAUUGGUCAGGAUUUGAAGAAAGCAAUAUCAAGUUAUAAGAAAGCGGAAUGUGCUCAACAAUUGUUGCCACUAGAUGUUAUGACUGAAGCAGAAGAUUCAUCUCUUAAUCAGCUUAUUGUCGCUGUGCAUCGCUGCUCAGGCAUUGAACAAGUUUUAAAAACCCCUGUGGAGCUAUGCGUCGUGUAUGAGUUAUUGGGAUUCUCUCCGUUUUUCACUGAAACUGCCAUAUGCUCUGGAAAUAGUGUCGAAUUGAAGUCACAGAAGGCAUGGCCAAUACCUUUGAACCAAGCUAAAUUCAUGAAGGAACAAAGUAUCACAUUUUUCCUUAUAAACAUGGCAGACGACAAAAAGGGUGAUGGAAUUCUUGGUCUUCUCACCUUACCUCUGCUUCCAUUGUUGGGUAACCAGGCCAUUAAAGGCUCUUUCACGAUGGUUGAGCCAACAUUGGAAGAUACCCAGUUGGUACUAGAUUUGUCUAUAUUCUGGAAACAUUGCUUAAUAAGUGACCGGAAUAACAAUAGCAGUAAUGAACACACAGACAGUAAAGAUGCCACAAAUGAUCCGACAUCUCCUAUCUCCGAUCUGAAGAGAGAACGAACUGAAGGUAAUAUAAUAAAAUCAAACGGUAUUGAUGCAUCCCCAUUGUCUUCCGCUUCCUCAAGUCCAUCCCUAGGACAACGGAAACCUUCAGUUCUAGAAAGUCCAGAUGAAGAGUUAUGGGAACGUCCUAGAAUAGUUGAAAUUGUUCGUUCUCCUUCUUCUUCUUCCUCAUCACGAUCCUCUUCAAUUACCACUGUAGAAGAGUUGGAUAGAAUCCCUCCUUCUAACCCCCCACCGAAACCUCGCAGGCGUUCUAGUAAAGAAAGCGAGAAGCCUUCUUCGCCUCCAAAGUUACUCUCAGAAUCUUCUUCUAAUAUAACUUCCUCAGAUGAUAAUAGCGACAAUUCGCAUAAUACUUACACUAAAGAAAAAGUUGAAGGAAAUGUUGCUGACGAAAGCGUGGAAUCUGAUGGCAUGCCUGUGGAAAGUGAGCGAAAGCGAGAGCAAGAUCGGAAUGAAGUUAAAAGUUUGUUAGGUGAUUUGCCACCUAUCGCAAAACCACGCAUCUCAAAAUUACAAUCGGAUUCACGUUCCUCGAGCUUAUUCCAAUCAGCGAUUCAGGAACCUCUGGAGUCAUCGUCGGAAAGCGACGAGAGUUCGCAGAAAGAAAAAAAAUCGAAUAAAUCUGGAAGGAAUGUAGUCUUCACACAUCCCUUACAUCACUCAAUACCUCCGAGCGAGAGUUCUUCAUUGGCUUCACCCACUGGUAAACGAGAAAAACCGAGUGUUUCUUUACCUGACAAUGGUGGCCGAAGUGUCAUCAAGUCAUUACCAAGGCCUAUAGAAUUCAACUUUCCAGUGGACAACACAAUCGUAGGGUCUGCAACAUUGUACAUAGACCGAGUUUAUAACUUCGAGUUUUCACCUUUGAUGCAUCCAAGUUACCAAAAUAGUAAACUAUACAUUGAUUGGACCUUCUUGGAUUUUCCGGCAGAGGAGUGUCGUGUGCCUGAGAGUAGAAUUCUUGAUCAUAGUCAGCAACCUAUUACACUUGUGUUCAAUUAUACGAAAGAAUAUAAACUCACCCGGAAAGACAUCGCUCUUCUGGAACAGUACAUAGAACUGCAAAAUAAGCUUGAGUUCUGCUUGAUGACUGACACCGGAGAAGAUAGUGAGGAACUUGCUGUUGCCUUGUUAGAGCUUGUUAGCAAUCCUACAGAACAAAUCAUUACUUUAUCACUUUUGGACGUAAAUGGUAUCAAGUAUGCGAAUAUUGACCUAGCCCUAUAUUAUUCUGUGGACAGGAACGUACCGUAA